AAGGUUAGUGCAUAGAAUGAACUCGAACGUUUCAUCGUAUGCUCUUAUCAUAUCACGAUUUCCGUGAGAGAUGCCACGUAUGACCAUGAUUGCUUUCGUAGCAUUUUGUCUUGCGACGACGACAAUAGUUUACAGUCAGAACCAUGGUCACCAUGGGCAUGGCGACUUGACGGAAGCCCAAUACCAGCAAUACAUAGAGGAACUCUGGACAUCCGGAAAUACUGACGGCAAUGACGUAUUCACCAAUGUCGAACUCCACGACAUAUUUGUACACUAUGACACUAACAAGGAUGGAACGAUAACUCGCCAUGAGUAUACACAUUUUAUAAGCUCGCAGGCGCCUGAUCUGCUGCAGUUCGCACAUGGGCUUUAUGAUAUUUACGAUGCCAAUGGCGACCAUCAUCUUGGAUUGACAGAUUUAAAUGCUCUCCACUCAAAAAUUGAUGUCGAUGGUGAUGGCACUGUAAGCAAGACUGAUUUCUUUACAUUUUGGAACAAGACUCUUCACGCACUUGCUCAUCUUCAUGGACAUGUACAACACCUGUUUGGUUAAAUCCAGACUUUAAUUUUGAUAGUAAUAAAUAAUACAGCAUAC